GAGAUGGCUUGCAUUACUUUGCUUUUGGCUAUUCUUCAUGUGCACAAAGCACUGUGUGAAGCGAUCUUUUGGGACACAGCCAUUCAACUUUCUAAGACCAUGACUCUGGAAUGUGUGUAUCCAUUGAUGGACAACUUAACCCAGGUUGAAUGGACCAAGAUCAGUGGUGCAGAGAAUGUGAACAUAGCUGUUUACAACCCAAACCAUCCUAUGCAUAUAGAUCACAACUACUUCCAUAGAGUGCACUUUCUGAAUGCAACAUUGGAGUUCCGCAAUAUGAGUCUUUCCUUUUACAAUGCCUCUGAAGCAGACAUUGGCAUCUACUCCUGCUUGUUUCAUUCUUUCCCAGGAGGACCUUGGGAAAAGAAGAUAAAGGUGGUCCAGUCAGAUAGUUUUGACAUAACUGCACCCUCAAAUGACUGCCUGUCUGAAGAACCUGGACAAAAUGUCACACUCAGUUGCCAGCUUCCAAAUAACUGGCCAGUGAAACAAGUAAUGUGGGAAAAAGUCCAGCCCCAUCAGGUAGAUGUCUUAGCUUCCUGUAACCUAUCUCAAAGGACAACUUACACAUCAAAGUACCUGAGAAAAACAUGGAGCAACUGCAGCCAGGGGACACAGAGUGUCCUCAUCAUCCCCAAUGCCACGUCUGCUGACUCUGGGCUUUACAGAUGCCGUUCCGAGGCCAGCACAGGAGAACAGAAAACCUAUGUCAUAAGGCUGAUCAUAACUGAUGAUGGAGCCAAUAAACAUUUUAUACUUCCCAUUGCUGGAGGAUCAGUUUCACUGUUGCUGGUUAUCCUAAUUAUAAUCACAAUUAUUUUUUAUAGCAGAAGGAGAAGGAGACAGGUGAGAACACCACUUAAAGAGCCCAGCGACAAACAGAGUAAGGUAGCUACCAACUGCAGAAGUCCCACGUCUCCCGUCCACUCUACAGAUGAUGAGAAAGAGGACAUUUAUGUUAACUAUCCAACCUUCUCUCGAAGACCAAAACCAAGAUUCUAA